AUGGCUAGCCAUGAAACCUUUGUACCGUUACAGCAAGAACCUAAAUUCAGAGUCCGGCGACCGAGCCUCAGAUCGAGAACAGACGAUGGAACACAUGAUCGGAAAAAAGAAGAUCUGCUGGCGCUGCCACCCGUUCGAGCUCUUGCAACAACCAGCCAAGAAAAUCAGACAGACGGACUACAAACUCCAUUAAACAAAUGGCAAAUCCAUCGCUGUGCUACUCCCAACACCACCCCCUGUCAGGAGGAAUUAGUGAACGAGUGGUUACACAGGAAUCACAUCCAAGUAGUGGACAGGCUUCCUAAAAUGGACCCCGUAGUACUGACAAGCCGCGGCACAGACGUUUCAAAGUAUAUCAGUUUCAUUCACCCACCACCUUUCAGCCUAAAACUCCUCUCCGGAUCAACAGAGGAGCAAAAAUAUCGCGAAAAGAGGAACAAACUGGCCCAGGCUCCCUUAUCAACAUCUGGUUCGCCUUGUCCUCGCCUCCUCAGGAGUCAGAGAUCUGACAGGGAAACGUUCGCUUUAAAUCCUGUCAUACGAGUCGGCGGAGGAUAUCGCAGGCUCAGCUGGAAGGUUUUGGAUGUUCUACCCUCUAUUGGACAGUAUGACCCAGAUGUAGAUCCAGUGUACAGUUGCGCCUCAUGUCACGCAAACUUGCAAGUGGUAGGGAAGGUCACGAAUUCUCGCGGACGAGUUCAUUCGAUCUUCACUACACCUAAACAAUGCCACAAAUGCGGGGCUCCCACAACAGACUCUCAAAUACUCACGGAAAAAGACUUACAUGAAAGUGUUAUAGACACCCUACAUCGAGGAGAUUCAAGGUUUAUUGUGGACCAUAGACGUUUUAAAAAAUCGGGCGUCGAGCAGCCUUCAUCAAGAAUUAACCCGGAAGAUUUGCAUUUCAACUCGCCGAUGGAUUGGAGAGAUGACCUGGAAUCAUUUCGCCUUCACAUGAGCAGGCAGAGUCAAACAGAAGACGACUUGGAGACUACAACCCAGCGUUAUGAGCGGAAUCGCUCGGAAUCAGGAAGCAGUAGUGUAUUCAUGACAGAACCUGGGGCGAACAUUGAUAAUUUAAACGAGCCCCCUGAUAUACGCCGUGCGUGGGAUGAUGGAGCUACACGUGCGACGAUUUUGAGAGAUGAUGAGAGUGAUAAUGGAAAAUGGGAAAAAGAAAAAGAAAAAGAAAACGGAGAGAGAAAUGGAAAAGAAAACAGGAACUCAGCUACUGAUAAUGAUCUAGACGCUUAUAGCGAUUUUGAAAUGAUAGAAGAUUAUGAUCCGAAGUCAGGAUUUACAGUAAGACUUCGGAGAAAGCCAUUUGGUGGAGCUAGAAAGACAAGUUAUUUCAUUCGCGGGAUUCGAGACGAAGAGGGUUCGAGUGAAAGGUCUCUUGACAAGAGCGGAAAAUCACACGAACAUGGAAGGAAAAAAGCACACAACAACAAACAAGAAAUUCAAACUGACACUCAGAUCAACAAGAGUACACCAAAUAAAAGAAAUAAACAAACCUUAGUCCAGAAGAAAAGAGGGAAAGGUUUUUCACAUAACUUGAACGAGAGUGAAAGACGACGGGAGAAUGAAACAAAUCAAACAGCAAAAUACGACGAGAAUCCUCAUUUGAGGAAAAACUCAUCUUCCGGCGAACAACGACGAGAUGAAACGAAUCAAAGAACCAGACACCAUAAGAAUCCUCUUUCAAGAACGGAUUCGUUCUUCGUCGUUGGCUUGGAUCAACGAGACAAAGUGUUUAGCACUACUCCUGUUGCUGAAGAGUUAUCGGAUGACGAAGAUGAUAAUGAUGACGUCAUUAUUUUCACCAAAACGAGGUUUAGUGAAGAUUCCCCGUCAGACCUUGAGUUCAAAGACGACGACGCCUGGAGCCCAGAUUCUCCGGGUUCUGGACUUUUCAGACCUAAAAUACCAUCCCCUGGUAAUUUUGGAAAUCAGUAUGACGUGGAUCGCCCUUCGUCCUGGUCCGUUUCGCCCACGCAGCGUGAUGGGUACCUUGCUGACAGUGAGGAGAACGUCGACCUGUCUUCACUGCAGGCUCAGAUUCAACAAGCGCGGAAUAACGCUAUGAAAACAGAACGGAGAAAACACGAGAGCCAAGAAACGAAGCGACGGGAGUCUGGAGAGAAAAAUGCAAAAGAUGAGCAUAUUGCAGCAACAGAGGAUUCUACUUCUCAAAGGCCUCUUGAGAACGACUUCUCCGACAGAGCCCCUUUAAAAAGUACUGAAUGGGACAGCGACUGGGACAGUGAUUUUAGUCUACAUGUCAAACCACUUAGCGACUUAAGUGCGUCGAGUAGUGACGAGUCCCAGUGGGAGCCCAGGAACCAAACGAGACCAGCGAAUAACGAAAGUAGAGUCCGAAAGAGAUCUGACAAAACCGUGACAAAUGCUGCGAGAAGAAAAGAGAGUAAGCCCGGCACUACAGAACAGCGUAAAGGCUCUGAGAUUGAAAGAACCUUAGAAGGCAGAACUCGGAGGAGUAUCGGUGGAGAGGACUAUCCUAGAGAAAGACGAGAUAAAAGGCCAACAGUUAAACCCAUUCCAAAAAUUGGCCAAGAUUCAGACUCAGAUGAGGUUCAUUUCCGUCCCAGGCCCCGCGCUUUCCGGGGCGACGACGAAUUAAGCGAGAGCGACAUGAAUUUCUUCAAACAACAGUUCCAAGCCCCUAACUCAAGCAGGGACCAUAAUAAAGGCAUCAGCCAAGAAAGUCCUGUUGGCUGUAAAGGCAUUAAUUGCUAUCGCUGUUCGUCCUUCAUCCCUGAGUGCGAAGGCAUUUGUUCCAUGUGCGGUACUUUAUGUCAGCGGUCAGGGGGACCGUGCAAGGCUUGUCGGGAUAUCUGCGAGAGAUGCGGCAAGCCAAGGUACAAGUGUUCAUCAGCUGAUGAGAGACUAGAAACUAGUGACGAGGAGAGGGAAGGGAAAGAGGAGCACUUUGAUGCAGAAGGUAUGUCGAUCGUGGUUAGUUCUACUGAAACUGGACCGGGGAUACCAGCACAAAGAACAUCACCUUUCAGAGGUCACAUAAAUAGUCCCGCAUCGGCAUCAGCUGAAGAAAUGAAUAGGGAGGAGAGUUUGAUAAUGAUUGAUAAAGAGAGUAUCAAAAAGAGCAAAGAGAGAAAAAUCAGAGCGCCUCCUGAAAGAAAGUCGAAAGAUCCCAACAGUGUUAAACGAGUGCGAAAGAAACGCUACAGAACUGUUGAUGACAAGGAUAAUGAGAUGCCGGAGGAAAAAGAGGUCAUUGAGGAAGAGGAAAAUGGCGACGAUCGUCCACAAUCUGCUGAGCCCACUCAAGUGAGUUCGGAUGAAGUUAUUCCUGCCAAGCCUCAACCCUCUGCAUUCGCCGCCAAAGGCACUAAGAAAACUAAGCCAUCUAAAAAGAUUAUCUCGCAGACUGUCGUUUAUAAGGAAAAGGAGAAGCCACCAAUGUCCAUACAAGGAUAUUCUCCUGAACGCGAAGAGAUUAACGAAGACGAUUAUGUGGUUACAAGCUCCACGCCCCUCGUGGAAACCGUUGAGCCUGGUGAAGACUUGUCAAUAGAAAAUAAUGGCGAGGGAACUGGAGAAGAGAUGCAAAUGAAAGAGGAAACUGUUGAGGGGGAUGGCACUAACGAUGACGUAGCUGAGGAUGGGAAAGACAUUAGUUCGAAGGGCGAAGAAGAACCACGUGCAAAUAAUGAGGAACUUGAAGAGGAAAAAGAGAAAGAGGAGGAAAAGGAAGAAGAAAAGCAGAUAGAAAAAGAAACGAGAACUGCUCCUCCAAAGAUUCGAGGCGUAUCACGUGUAAAUGCAGCAUUCAAAGAACGAGCGGAGUUGGGUAAAAGACUGCAGAAAGUGUUAAAGGAAGCUGUCAGUGAAGUCAUGGGACAAGCCGAUAUAAAAACAAGAAAAGACUCAACAAUUGAUUAUAUCGCGCAGUAUCGACUUGUCGACCGAAGUCGCCUGGAAAUGUACGGCCGCGCGUUCACACUGGAAGACGAGGACGAGGAUGGAAUUAUAUCUUAUGAACAAAUGAUGCUUGCCCUAGAGGGGGUGUCGAGUAUUGCAGGGAUGUCGAGAAAGCAGCUUUUGUUUGUGUUACAGGUGCUGGAACUCUUCCCAGGCUCGAGGAUAACUUUCAAGAUGUUUUCAGUGGCUACUGCACUGUGCGAAAAAGUAACCAUUCUGGAUGCGUUUGUCAAGCAGCUGGUCGAAGAACUAGACCUGUUUGAAUUGGAGUGUAAAUUGGACAUGUUCAGGAAUAUGUUUUUUGUCACCGGUGAUUUCUCUGUAACUUACAUCACCGCUGACCAGCUAAGAAUUGAACUGAAGGCCGGUGGGCUCAACCAGAAUCAGGAGGAUCACGUGAUAAGGCAUAUACUUCAGUCCAGCGAUACUGGAGAGAUUUCGUUUCUGGAUUAUAUGGCGUAUCUACCACUUUUCCUGUCCAUCCACCAAAAUAUCUGUGACAACGCCCUUGAUAUGUCACGCAACAAGUAUCAACGUAACAGUACAACAUGACAACAAGUUACACUAAUGGAGGAUGCAUUGUGACAUCCACUUAAACAUUUGUGACAGCGCUCUCGACAUGUCACGUGAUAACGUAAUGAAACUGUGUGACAUCAAGUAACGCUACGGAUAUACUCUUGUCAUGUCAUGUCAUGCAACAAGAAUCGACUUGACUUUAAGUGCACCUGACUUAAGAGAGAUACAU